AUGGCGACCACGAUCAUAGAGGAGCAGAUCCAGAAGUGCGGCUACAGGAGCGACGGCGACGUGUGCGAGCUCUACCUGGGCAGAAGAGGACUGAGAGACGUCGCCGACCUGUCAAGGUUUCUUAUAAAAUAUCUGUGGCUCAACCAUAACAAGAUAUCAAAGGUAGACUUUCUGGGCAGUAAUUUCCGGCUGGCAGACUUAUAUCUGAACCACAAUGACCUCUGUGAUAUUACAGGAUCUCUGAGGCAUCUGACUUCAUUGCAUACACUGAUGCUGAAUGACAACCAUCACGAUCUCCAGGCAGCCGUGAAGGAGCUGAAAGGAAUGACAAACCUCCGCGUUUUAAAUCUAUUUCAUAACCCGCUGGAACAAGACGCCGGUUACCGCCAUACCGUCAUCCACCACCUUCCCUCGAUGCAGCUGCUUGAUCGUGAACAUGUCACACAGAAGGAACGAGAAGAAGCUUUCCAGGUCUUUAAUCCACAUAGAACAUCCGUCAUACAGUCGCUGGGUUUUGGGAGAAGAACAGACUCGGUCCUCGGCAGUAGAGGCGCUCAGAGCUCCACAGGCCACAGAUCACCCAAGAGAAAUUGUACAAUUACAAGCAAAUCAAACAGGAAUGACGCACUCACCCUUGAAGAUAAAGUUCUCCUAAGAGGAUACCAGAGAUCCAUUAUGCAGUUUACUCUUCUCGACUGGAAUAAGGUCCCAGUAGCUAAACUUAAACGCUCAGAAGAGAAAUCCAUGGAGGCGCCUCAGUUAAUAACGGUUGAGUUUCGGUGAUGAUGACAAGUGUAUGAGGUGAACAGAAAUGGUUAAUCACUAUACGCGCCGCUGAGGCUGGACAGGGGACGUCACAGCAUGCCGAAUCAAUAUUCCUUCAUCUGUCCAAAACACCAGUACAUCUGCCAACAGCUUCACAACUCAAUAUUACACAUUAUUGGUGGUAAAAGAAAUAGGACAUCAAUAUGGAUUAAAGAAAAACUCCAACCACAAGUCCUAUUAUUAUCAAUGGUGCAGUUAUCAUCCCUGAGCUGUAUGGGAGAGAUAUCAUAAGAAUAAAAUCUAUUUUGAUAUCUAUUAUCUCCCCUCUCAUCAUAACUUUACAUUGGAGCAUACAUUACAUUAUUCUCUACCCUUCUCAUCAGCUGAUUAAUGUCCCCUGCUGAGUAAGCAGUAAUU